AUGGAUAAUACCAGUGUAGACGUCGUGUUAAUGGAAAGAAAUACCCUCUUCGACACUGUGAUCUUUCCAAUUUACUUCUGGAUUUAUUUCUGUGUCACUAUGUUUAGUCAGAUAUCAGUCAUGCUCCUAGUCAUAUUCAAGACACCUCCAUUAUUCAAAGAUUUUCGUGUAUUCCUUGUCAACUCCUCGUCUCUACAAAUUCUUAUGUGCUGGAUUGUCGUUUUUACACAAGUCAGACCUAUAACUAAUUCCAACUCUACCGGCUAUUUAUUUAGUGGCUCUUGCCGACUAAUCCAUAAAAAUGCUUGUUUCUUCACCCUGGACGUCUUCCAGCUGGUUUUUGACGCUUCUGCCUUCGCAAUCCCAGCCACUCUCUACUACAAGUACAGCAAAGUCACCAGUCUCAAUUCGAAAGAUUUAUCUAGAAAUCGUGUCAGAUUGAUCUUAUUCAGUUCAUAUUUGCUUUCUAUAGUUGUGGGGGUGAUCUAUGUAUUAACAUACAGUCCAGACGAGUCCCUAGCCGUGGAGGCAGAAACGCGGAACCUGUUUUCUCGUGAAUACGAUUUCACUCAUUAUGCGGGUAUCACGGGAUAUGUCAACCAUUUUUGGAGCUCACUGACCAAUAAUCUAAACAUGCUGAGUGUCUACAUACCGCCAAUUAUGAGCCUUAUUUUUAUCAGAAUGAUCCAGAUAAGACUCCGGAGUUUUAAACAUCUAUUUACCGACAAAACUGCUGCCCAAGCUCGAAAAUUUGACUUGGCUCUAACUAUACAAACCCUUGUUCCUGCUGUUUGUGUAAUCCCUGUAUACACUGCUCAUGUUAUUCUGGAAUAUUACACAGUCUCAUUCAUGGCUGACUUUGAAAAAGUGCUCUACAUGAUGCUGGCUCUCCCGACCGCCAUCGAUGCCUUCAUAGUAAUCAUCACAAUUACUCCGUAUCGCAGAUCGUUUCUUGCUUUUUUUGAAAAACUUUUUGGAUGGGAGAAGCCACCUCCGCCAGCGUUUAAGCUCGUCCAUAAUUCGAGAGCCACUUCUUUAUUUUGA